AUGUCGUCGAGCUCCUCCGACUCGGACUCAUCCGACGACGACAAGAAGCGGAAGAAGAAGCGCGAAAAGAAGGAGCGCAAGCGCAAGCGCAAGGAGGAGAAGAAGGCCAAGAAGAAGGCGAAGAAGGCGAGGCGGUCGCGCGACGACGACGGCGACGACGCGCCCGCCGACGAGGAGGACUACGGCCCCGCGCCGCUGCCCGACGCGGACGCGCUCGAGGGCCUCGGCGGCGGCGCCGUCGACUACGGCGGCGCCCUGCGGCCCGGCGAGGGCGCGGCCAUCGCGCAGUACGUGCAGAAGAACAUGCGGAUCCCCCGGCGCGGCGAGGUCGGCUGGCAGGGCGAGGAGAUCGAGCGCCUCGAGAGCGUGGGCUACGUCAUGAGCGGCAGCCGCCACGCGCGCAUGAACGCCGUGCGCAUCCGCAAGGAGAACCAGGUCUACUCCGCCGAGGAGAAGCGCGCGCUCGCGCUCAUCACGUUCGAGGAGAAGCAGCAGCAGGAGAACAAGGUCAUGGGCGAGUUCCGGGCCAUGCUCCAGCAGCGCCUCGUCUCCCAGGGCCUGGCCAAGGCCGAGCUCGGCGACGCGCCCCAGUAA